CUCUCAGACGAAAACCGAUAUCCGAAGUGUACGCUUUAGUGCCCGCUGCUGUGUCGGCGUUUAAUACUACCUGGGUAACACCGCCGCCAGCCGUCGCCGUUGUCGUCGUCGUCGCCGCUACCGCCACCGCCACCACAGCACCACCACCCGACCGCCCGCGCUUUUCGCUUGAGUUUGAGUUCGAGUUAACGAGUACGAUUGUCGCGUUGUCCGUCGUGUGUUUGAGAGCGUUCGCACCCGAAGACUCCGCCGAAGCCGAAAGCUCGCUGGGGGAUCUAACAAGAGCGCGCCUGUGUGACCAAAUCCAAGACCAAUUGUUGAUCGUGCCCAGAACCAGACGCAGGCGCACACCACCAAACAAGCACACACACACAAAUUAAGAAUAUUUUUUUUUUUACUGUUUUCGCUUGAUGUGCAUUAUUCUUGGGCCGGAGACUGAAGAGUUAUGUUGGACAAGUGAGCAGCAGGCCAUAAGCAAGAGCAGCAACAACAAGCCGUAAACGAAACAGCUCGGCAAUCGGCAAACGGCAAUCAGUCAAAGGAAGAACGAACGGUAAAAGAAGGCAAAUCAGCAGCAAGAGCAUUAUUAACGCAGCAGAGAAAACACCAACGCCAACAUGUUUGACGUAUUCGGCUCCGUUAAGGGCCUGCUGAAGAUCGACCAGGUGUGCAUCGACAACAAUGUAUUCCGGAUGCACUACAAAGCCACCGUGAUCAUCCUGAUCGCCUUCUCCCUGCUGGUGACAUCUCGCCAGUAUAUCGGGGAUCCGAUCGACUGCAUCGUCGACGAGAUACCCCUGGGUGUGAUGGACACCUACUGCUGGAUCUAUUCGACAUUCACAGUCCCGGAACGCCUCACCGGUGUGACCGGCAGGGAUGUGGUCCAGCCGGGCGUUGGCUCCCAUGUGGAGGGGAAGGAUGCGGUCAAGUACCACAAGUACUACCAGUGGGUGUGCUUUGUGCUCUUCUUCCAGGCGAUACUCUUCUACGUGCCGCGCUACCUAUGGAAGUCGUGGGAGGGCGGACGUCUCAAGAUGCUCGUGAUGGACCUGAACAGCCCGAUCGUGAACGAUGAGUGCAAGAACGAUCGCAAGAAGAUCCUCGUCGACUACUUCAUUGGCAAUCUGAAUCGGCACAACUUCUACGCCUUCCGCUUCUUCGUCUGCGAGGCCCUCAAUUUUGUGAAUGUGAUUGGACAGAUCUACUUUGUGGACUUCUUCCUCGACGGCGAGUUCAGCACAUACGGCAGCGAUGUGCUCAAGUUCACCGAAAUGGAGCCCGAUGAGCGCAUCGAUCCGAUGGCGCGGGUCUUUCCAAAGGUCACGAAAUGUACGUUCCACAAAUACGGUCCCUCCGGCGAUGUGCAGAAGUUCGACGGACUGUGCGUGCUGCCGUUAAACAUUGUCAACGAGAAGAUCUACGUGUUCCUGUGGUUCUGGUUCAUCAUCCUCAGCAUAUUAUCGGGCAUCUCGCUCAUCUACCGCAUCGCCGUCGUUGCCGGCCCCAAGCUCCGUCACCUGCUCCUCCGCGCCCGUUCCCGCCUGGCCGAGAGCGAGGAGGUCGAGCAAGUGGCCAACAAGUGCAACAUCGGUGACUGGUUCCUGCUCUACCAGCUGGGAAAGAACAUCGAUCCACUCAUCUACAAGGAGGUGAUAUCCGAUCUCUCGCGCGAAAUGGUCGACGAUGAGCACAGUGCUCACAAGCGACCAUUCGAUGCCUAAAAUCUAAGCGAUGACAAACACGAAAACGAAGACGAAGAUGGAAGAUCAGGACGAGGACGAGAAAAAGAACGACACCGGGGUGCUCAUCCAUUCAAGGAGUGGGCGUGGCAGUGUGCCAGAGUGCCAUUUCACGCAGCCGAAAUUGGAUUAAGAUGAGGUUAAAUAUGGACUCUCCAAGUCGCUGGAUGUCAAUGUAGACGAGGCCUUUCGAGCUAAUUGAACACAUAUCAACGAAUUCCAUGAUGAAUGGAAUGGAAUGCAGUUUGGAGUUUGGAGAGAUGGCGAAACGUAUACUGCUGUAAAGGAAAUAUGAAUAACAAUAAUAGUACACAAAUGAAUGUAACAAAUACUAGCCGAGCCCCAGGGGCUGGGGGUUGCCCCCAAGGGCGCACGACAAUCAGAAUUUAUGUGUGUUUGCAUGUAUGUAUGUAUGUUCCGAUGCCCCCACACCCCCUGGGCGAAAUCCAUAAAAGACAGGACAAAGGACAUUUUUCAACUAUACUAUAUACUAUAUUCCAUAUUGUAUAUUGUAUAUGUCGAGGAGCAGCUGCUAACGAAUUAAGUUAUGGGAUAGAGAUAUAUACAUACACAUCCAUGCAUAUAUAAUAUAUUUUUAAUAAGCAAUUACACAGAUAUUUAUACAUACGAAGAGACAUACAAUAUAUAUUUACGAAUGCCACAUGCGAGUAAUAUUUAUGCUAAGAGUUGUGAUCAUUGAUUAAGACAUCUAAAACAAAAACACAAAAAUUACAAAAGUAACAAAAAACAAAAAAAAAAAACAUACGGAUAUAUAUAUCCACGAAAAAAUAACAAUAAUUUACAAGUAGUAAAGAAACGCCAGCAUAAAGAGAACCCUAUUGAUAACACUUAUAUACAAUACCAUAUAUUAUAUAUUCUAUUUCAAUUUUUACACAUAUAAUUUAGCAAUUUUCGCCAGCAAUUAGUAAUAGUAAUUUUUCAUAAUUUUUAUUAAGAUUUCCCUUUUUUUUUUUGCAUGUUUUUGGUAGCAUUUAUAUAGUUUAGCGCAAUUUUUUUUACAAUCACAAGAUAAAUCAUCCAUAAAUGAGAGGAGGAACGGAGAAAAAUCUAUAUAUAUUUAUACAAGAUACUAAAAUAUAGUAUAUAUAAUAUAUAUAUACAUAAAAAAACUAAAUGUAAGUUCAUGGAAAAGACAAGCAACAAAUGAAAGACUCAAAGGCAAUAUUUAAAAGACAGUUAAAAUCGGAAAGCAAUCAAAAAAAAAAAAAAAAAAAAAAAAAAAAAAAAAAAAAACAAUGAAACAUAAUGUUUGUCAUUUUAGGCUAAGUUUCAAUUUCAAUUCCAUAUUUUUAUGCCUAAUUAUAAUUGUACGAAAUUAAUCGAAAACAUGAUGAUUUUCUUCUAAGAUUUAUCGUUUGUAUUCAUUCAAGAACAACUCCAUUUCAUGCGGAAAUAAACGACAGAAUAAAACAAGGAAAA